AUGUCUGCAACAGAAAUCGUGAUACUCCACAUCCUCUUUAUUUCAGGUUCUAUGGAUUGCGCAGACCUUUCCAUUACUGCACCGAAGGAGAUGGAGGCACUGAGUGGAUCCUGUUUACACAUCCCGUGUACAUUUAGUGCUACAAAAGAAACGGAGAUUGACAACAGAAUUGGAAAGUGGAUUAAAAACACCCAUGAGGACCUUGGAGAAAAUUUGAUUUUUAAAAGUAAUAAGGCAAAGAACACCUAUCCAAUGAAUAUCACUGGAAACCUGAGUGAGAACAACUGCAGCACUCUGUUUUCCAGUUGAAACUCAAGUUACACAAACAAAUACUUCUUCAGAUUUAAGACGGAGUCAUUUAAAGCAACUGCUUCUGACGAUCCUAUUAAAAUAACAGUUAAAGAUUCUCCUCCGAGCCCCACCAUUGAGAUCCCAGGUGAUCUGGAGGAGGCGGAGUCUGUCACUGUAACCUGCUCAGCUCCAGCUCCCUGUCCACAUCCUAAACUCACCUGGACUCUCCAACAAGACCCUCCCAACACAAUGGAGGAAAACCCAGAUCGGACCUUCACGACUAAGAUCCAGAAGACCCUCACUCUGACAGACCAACAUGAUGGAUUCAACAUCACCUGCUCUGCCAGCUAUCCUGUGAAUCAAGGGAAAGAUGUGAAGACAGCAGAGGAGACAAAGACUCUCCAUGUUUCAUAUGCUCCUAAGAACACUCUCGCCUCUGUCAGUCCGUCCUCAGGUUCGGUGUCAGCGGGCAGCUGGGUGGAGCUGAGCUGCUCCAGCAGAGCCCAGCAUCCCGUCAGCAGCUUCACCUGGUUCAAGGAGAGCCAAGAUGGAGACAUCAAGGUCUCACAGGGAGAGAUUUACAGCUUUUAUGCCACAGAGAGAGGAGGUUUUUACUCUGUGGCCACAAAUGUGUUUGGUAAUGGAAAGUCAACAACGAUCCAUCUUAAACUCAAAGGUACAGGACUGGACCCACUAACUUUGACCUUUAAAGAAAUACUACAACAACAAAAUACUUCUCAUAUAUUACUAAACCCGUUUGACAUUGAACUCUUGAGAAAUGGCUAAUAUAAAAGAGAAAAAAACACCCUCUGAACAUUAAACAUUUGGAUUUGACUCCCAAAUUAUUUUAGAGCUUGCAAAAUAAUGUUUCAAUAUAGUUUUGCUGUUGUUCACCCUUUCAACCUUUCACCUAUUUACUUCAAUUCAUCAGAAUUUUCUCAAAACCAGGUUUAAAAAGUGGAACUUCUGCUACAUUAGUUACAUGUCUUCUUUAAGUAGCCACUUAUAUUUAGUUUGUUUCAAUACUUAGAGAAACCUCUAAGUAACUUGUAUUUUCAAUCUGGUAAAUUCCCUAAUAAAAUGAAAAUAGCUAAAGUUAUACCAUUAUAUAAAAACUGGGGAUGAACACCAUUACACAAAUGACAGGCCUGUUUCUUUGCUCUCACAAUUUUCCAAGAUCCUUGAAAAGGUUUUUACAAAAAGACUUUCAUGGAAACACAUCAGCUGUUGAACGACAGUCAAUAUGGAUUCAGGAAAAACAGAUCAACAUCUAUGGCACUAAUGGAAUUAAGUGAGGAAAUAGCAAACUGCAUGGACAAUAAAAAACAAGCAGUGGGAAUAUUUAUAGACCUACAAAAAGCAUUUGACACCACAGAUCACAAUAUUUUACUG